CAGCAGCGGCGCGCGCCUGGCUGGGCCCAGCGGAGCUGAAGGGACAGAGCGAGGAGCGAGCCGAGCGGCCGUCGCCCGAGCUCAGCCGCGCCGCCCGCCAGCCCGCGCUCCAGGCUCCAGUCCGCCGUGUCGGGCAGCGGGACCCAGCAUGGUCAUGGCGGAUGGCCCGAGGCACUUGCAGCGCGGGCCGGUCCGGGUGGGGUUCUACGACAUCGAGGGCACGCUGGGCAAGGGCAACUUCGCCGUGGUGAAGCUGGGGCGGCACCGGAUCACCAAGACGGAGGUGGCGAUAAAAAUUAUAGAUAAAUCUCAGCUGGAUGCAGUGAACCUUGAGAAAAUCUACCGAGAAGUACAAAUAAUGAAAAUGUUAGACCAUCCUCACAUAAUCAAACUUUAUCAGGUAAUGGAGACCAAAAACAUGUUGUACCUUGUGACAGAAUAUGCAAAAAAUGGAGAAAUUUUUGACUAUCUUGCUAAUCACGGCCGGUUAAAUGAGUCUGAGGCCAGGCGCAAAUUCUGGCAAAUCCUGUCUGCUGUUGAUUAUUGUCACGAUCGGAAGAUUGUGCACCGUGACCUCAAGGCUGAAAAUCUCCUGCUGGAUAACAACAUGAAUAUCAAAAUAGCAGAUUUCGGUUUUGGAAAUUUCUUUAAAAGUGGUGAACUGCUGGCAACUUGGUGUGGCAGCCCCCCUUAUGCAGCCCCAGAAGUCUUUGAAGGGCAGCAGUAUGAAGGACCACAGCUGGAUAUUUGGAGCAUGGGAGUUGUUCUUUAUGUCCUUGUCUGUGGAGCUCUGCCUUUUGAUGGACCCACUCUUCCUAUUUUGAGGCAAAGGGUUUUGGAAGGAAGAUUCCGGAUUCCGUAUUUCAUGUCAGAAGAUUGUGAGCACCUUAUUCGAAGGAUGUUGGUCCUAGACCCGUCCAAAAGGCUAACCAUAGCUCAAAUCAAGGAGCAUAAAUGGAUGCUCAUAGAAGUUCCUGUACAGAGACCUGUUCUCUAUCCACAAGGCCAAGAAAAUGAGCCAUCCAUUGGGGAGUUUAAUGAACAGGUUCUGCGACUGAUGCACAGCCUUGGAAUAGAUCAGCAGAAAACCAUUGAGUCUUUGCAGAACAAGAGCUACAAUCACUUCGCUGCCAUUUAUUACUUGUUGGUGGAGCGCCUGAAAUCACAUAGGAGCAGUUUUCCUGUGGAGCAGAGGCUCGAUGCCCGCCAGCGGCGGCCCAGCACCAUUGCUGAACAAACAGUUGCCAAGGCACAAACUGUGGGUUUCCCAGUGACCAUGCAUUCGCCGAACAUGCGACUGAUGCGAUCUACCCUCCUCCCACAGGCAUCCAAUGUGGAGGCCUUUUCAUUUCCAGCGUCCAGUUGUCAGGCAGAAGCAGCGUUUAUGGAAGAAGAGUGUGUUGACACUCCAAAGGUCAAUGGCUGCCUGCUGGACCCUGUGCCGCCUGUCCUGGUGAGGAAGGGGUGCCAGUCCCUGCCCAGCAGCAUGAUGGAGACCUCCAUUGACGAAGGGCUGGAGACAGAGGGAGAGGCCGAGGAAGACCCCAGCCAGGCCUUUGACGCGUUCCAGUCCACGCGUGGUGGGCAGAGACGGCACACUCUGUCCGAAGUGACCAAUCAGCUGGUCGUGGUGCCGGGUUCAGGGAAAGUUUUCUCCAUGAGUGACAACCCUUCCCUGGACAGUGUGGACUCUGAGUAUGACAUGGGGUCUGUUCAGAGGGACCUGAACUUUCUGGAGGACAACCCUUCCCUUAAAGACAUCAUGUUAGCCAACCAGCCCUCACCUCGCAUGGCAUCUCCCUUCAUAAGCCUGAGACCUGCCAACCCAGCCAUGCAGGCCCUGACCUCCCAGAGAAGAGAGGCCCACAACAGGUCGCCCGUGAGCUUCAGGGAGGGCCGCAGGGCCUCAGACACCUCCCUCACCCAAGGCAUUGUAGCAUUUAGACAACAUCUUCAGAAUCUGGCUAGAACCAAAGGAAUUCUAGAGCUGAACAAAGUGCAGCUGCUGUAUGAACAAUUGGGGCCAGAGGCCGACCCCAGCCUGGCAUCAGCUGCUCCUCAGCUCCAGGACCUGGCUGGCAGCCGCCCUCAGGAGGAAGCUGUUCAGCAGCCGGAAGGCGUUCCUGCGCUCGCCUCCAGCGUGCACCCACCGCUGUCCCCGCAGCAGAGCCUGGAGGCCCAGUACCUGCAGCACAGACUCCAGAAGCCCAGCCUUCUGUCAAAAGCCCAGAACACCUGUCAGCUGUAUUGUAAGGAGCCACCACGGAGCCUUGAACAGCAGCUGCAGGAACACAGACUCCAGCAGAAGCGACUCUUCCUCCAGAAGCAGUCUCAGCUGCAGGCAUACUUUAACCAGAUGCAGAUAGCGGAGAGCUCAUACCCACAGCCCCACCAGGAGGCACCAUCACCACCACAACAGCCUCCGCCCUUCAGCCUGACGCAGCCCCUGAGCCCGGUCCUGGCGGCCUCUGAGCAAAUGCAGUACAGCCCCUUCCUCGGCCAGUACCCCGAGAUGCCGCUGCGGCCCCUGCCCUCCUCACCCAGCCCUCAGGCGCACCUGCAGCAGCCGCCACCGCCGCCCCCGCCACCGCCGCCACCACCACCACAACAGUCGGGAGCUGCCCCAGCGUCCUUACAGUUCUCCUAUCAGACUUGCGAGCUGCCAGGCACCGUCUCCCCUGAGCCAGAAUACCCCACUCCCCAUCAGUACCCCCUGGACGGAGCCCAGCAGGGCGGUGUGGCAGCGCCAGACUGUCCCAGGAGCUCGGGGCUGCAGGAGGACCCCUCCAGCUACGACCCGCUCGCCCUCCCCGAGUUCCCUGGGCUCUUUGAUUGUGAAAUGCUGGAGGCCGUGGACCCGCAGCACAGCGGUUACGUCCUGGUGAACUAGCCCCGGCCCGGAAGCGGGACAGGUCCAGCGUAGGAAGCACGUGUGUUUUUACUUCUAUUUCAGCCUUUUACAUUUAAAGCUUAUUUUCUGUCCUCUCCCGAAAGGGGAGAACCAACUUGCCCAACUGGAAUCGGAGGCCUGGCCAGGUGGCUGUUGCUCCCUCCUGGCUAGGUCCCUCCUGGCUCCCGGUGGCCCACGCUGGCACACAGCUGUGCCGGGUGGAGCAAGCUCUCACGGAGACGCCGACAAACGUUUUAUAAGACACCCAGACCUCGGUUUUAUACAGAACUACACCAUUACCAAGGGAGACUGGUGAACGCAGGGAGAUGUGGGGGGAAGAGGCAGUAUUUUCCACUGACGCCACGAGCAACAUGCUUAAAGGCACAGCAAGAUACAUAAUGAAUGUGAUGCACAGAACAUAAGGGAAGGCUGUGCUUUGUCGCCGAAGCAUAAGUUCUGAGCUGCUGAUGCACGUUGUCCCCAAGACCAUCAGGCCGCUACCAGCUGGUACUAAGCCCUACGGCAGCGUCUCCCGGAGCAGCAGCGCCUCUUCAGAAGGCGCCGUGGGUCACAGACGCAGAGGGCCCGGGGCUCCGGAGAUGUCGCCUGGAGAACCCACAGGACCCACCACAGCGGGCUGGCCAGGACCUCGAGGAGCCAUCGGUGCAGAGCCCGGUCCAGGAAGGCGGGGGCUUCCCACAGAUCUGUGGGGACUUCCGGUCGGACAGUCGGCCUUUAGGGGACGGGACGUGGUGUCUCUUCAAAUGUAGUAACUACUUUGACUUCACACUAUAUUAUUGUUGCUAGUAGUUUACUGAGCUUUGUAUAUCCGGACAGUUUCAUAGAGGACUUAGACAUUUUAAGAACAAGAAGAAUGAACUUCUCUCUCCCAUGUGAAGUGGUAGUGCCGUGCCUUUUCCCGGAUCACGCUUUAAUUAUUUCUUUUCUGUAGAAACCAAGUUUCCAUUCAUGUCAAUGCUAAAUCCAAAGUCACUUCAGUUUGUUUUCCACUGUGUGGGAAUCGCAUUCUUCAUUUCCUUAAAGUUUGACUUGUAAUGAAAUGUUAGAGUAUUACAGCAAUAUUCAAAACCACAGAUGUGUCAGCCACGGAAGCAAAUCAUCUGCCAAACUCACUGUAUUACUAACAAAACUUAACCCUUGCAGUUCAUUCAUCAAAAUAAGUAAGAAAUAGAUGCUACAGCCAGUUAACUGUGUACCGAGUCACCUGUCAUUUGGACGGUCACAGCCACGCAUUACAAGCUCAGUGUUAGUGACAGAGGCUCCCUGCUCGCCUGUCAGCAGGUGACUGCACGAGGCACGGCUUCUUCCUCACGGCACGGAGCGGAGCCACCACACAGCUGCGUCCAGGACGCCUUUCCUCUUCGCAGUGUGUGUCCCGGGCGGGUGAGGAGGAGCCGGAGGGUCUGAGUCCUGUUCUGCCCCCACCUGCCCAGCCCCUUGCGGGCUGGUAACUUGAGCAGCCUUGUUCCCGGCUCCCCCUGGGGCCUGGACACUGCGUGGGGCCCUGGGCGAAGGCAGGACCUGGUCAGCAAGGGCGGCUGCGGGGAGGGCGGGCGGGCACGUCUGUGAGGAGCACAUGUGAAAGCGGGAGGACGCAUUCUGUUCCCCGGGGAUGGUUUGCCCCUCGUGCUUAAGAUUGAUGAUUUCGUGAAAUAUUUCAUUUAAGAGAUCCUUCUGUUAAGGCCUCUAAUCUGUUUUAAGUCUUUGCAGAAUGUGCCAGUUAUAAAACGGCUGAAUUUGUUUAGACUGAAGGAUGUUUUCCCAAAAUUAUUAUCGAAGUGCUGUAAUAUUUAUGAAACUUAAAUCCUUCCAUAGUGAACUGGAACAAGCAGUGGGGGCUGCUCAUUUCGGUCACGGGAAGGGCGCGGUCACGGGAGGCGCAGUCACAGGCCAGGAGCCCGUCAGCCAGGACACCCCGGCUGUGCCAGGCAGUCAGGCCGACGGGGCGGGGGGGAGGGGGCAGCAGAGAGGCUGUUGGAAGCCAAGGGACCCAGAGACAGACCUCGGCCAGCACCCAGCAGUGGUGGCCAGGCCCGUCGGAGACAGGCCCCCAUCUGGUGCAGGGGCCUGAGCUGGCCUGCUGGGCCAGGGGUGUGAGCUCCUGUUCGCUUUUCCUUUUCUUGUGUAUUUCAAGCAGAAAUCAGCAAGUCCCAUAACCCUCUGUCUUCGGUCUGCAGCAGCCGGCGUUUCCCAGCCCUGCCCCCUCACGUGCUCCCCGCACAGACACUACAUGGCACUGGGACGGCUCCUCGCUGCUGCCCACUGACCGGGCUCCGGGGCUCCGCGUCGGCAGCGGGUGCACCCUUGUGUGGGCAUCGUUGGCUUUGUUAGCGUGUAAACCAGGCUCCUCUGAAGAGACCUGGGGAGAUGAACAUGAGGUAAAAAUUUCAUUCAGCAAACAGUGCAAUAUGUGUGGUACUUUAUUUUUUGUUUUUGUCCUUUUUUUAAUCCAGGGUUAGUCUCUAUUUCGGGAAAAAUGCACUAAUUCCACAAUUUCCAGUUGGCAAGAACGUCUCUAGUUUGUACACGCCACUGACAUGCGGGCUCAGCAAGGGCGUAGAGCGUGUCCCACGGGCGCCACCUCGCCCUCCCAGGCCUGCUGUGCCCUCUUGCUGCCUGGGCACGGGCCCAGAGCGUCUCCUCACCAGCUGCCCUUAGUGUCUUCAUGGGAAGCCCGGGGCCCAGAGAGGAACUAGGAAAGGAGGACUGGAGGGUCUGUCAGCUCUUAUGUGAACAAAACCUCUUCUUUCUGAACCAGCCGCCGCCCAGGAAAGAGUGAGGCCCCGCCCUCCUCGGAAACGAAGAGCUGAGUGUGCAAGCCGGGUCCUGAGUUGGUCAGUGGGACUGGCAGGAGCCGGGGACUGGGAGCCCCUAACCUCAGAGGCCCCUGGGCAGGGAGGCCCAGCCUGAGCGAGUGCCCCUCCCACACUGGCCCCGGCCACACUGAUCAGCGCCUGAACGCGGGCUCCUGGAGAGAAGCCUGCCGUUGGGUGGACAAGAGGGUGUGUGACUGGAGAGUGACUGGAUGGCCCGGAAGGUAGAGGCGAGCAGCGGCCGCCUCCCUGCUGGGUGGUCAGGGGUCCGGGUGUGCGGUAGCCAGAGCCGCCUCUGGUUAGGGCAGGCCCUUCAGACACGCGGACGUGGUGAGGCGAGAGGGUCCUUUGGGGCCCUCCGACCCCUAGUCCCGCCCAGGUCCUUACACACGGGUCUGUGUGGGGUCAGGAUUCUCAGCUCCGGGUUACAUUUGCGAACCGGGCGCAGUCCUGCGUAAGUCCUGUCGGUGAGGAAACGCGUCCUCCAGGUGACCUCACAGUCCUCUGGCGACAGCACGCGGCGCCCUGGGCAGCGUUGGUCCCGGGACGGUUGGGUCAUCCCUGUGCAGGGCCGACCGUGGGGCCUCACCUGGGCCGCCCCUCCUGCCUCCUGGGAAGCCCAGCUGCUCCGUCACUUUGUGCCUGGACAUCAGAGGUACAAGCGGGAGCAGCUCGCUGGCUGAAGUCACUGUAUCGGCAGGCGUAUUGGGUCAUUUUGUUGCUUCUGGAAAUCUUUUCAGAGCUUAUCUCCAGAGUGACGUGUGGACAAGAGCAGUAUCCUCUGCCCUCCUGAGCGUAUGCCUCCCUCUGGCGGGGCCAGCAGUGUGGGUCCCUGGCCUGAAUCCCAGGAAGCCACGCGUUUCCAGUUCUUUCUGUGUCAGCUGCGGCCCCGGGAGCAGCAAGGUGCAUGAGGGCCGGCCCUCCAUGGCGCCUUGGCCCGGAGCCCGGUCCCCAGGGCCCUUCACAGGCUUGUUCCCCACAAGGGUCGCCUUGCUGAUUCCAGAUUGACAGCCACCCUAGCUCAGUGGUCGGCAAACCGCGGCUCGUGAGCCACAUGCGGCUCUUUGGCCCCGUGGCAUGGGCCACGAAGUUUCAAUCGCACUGUACGUGCGCCCACACAUAUUUUGUGGAAGAGCCACACUCACGGGGCCAGUUUGCCGACCGCUGCCCUAGCUAGUUGCAGCACCACCUUGUGUCCAUAUCCCACGUGGGCAGAACUGGGGCCUGUGAUCUCAGGGAUUGAGAAACUGGCGGCCGUGCUGCCCGUAGACCUCGCCACCCGCACAGCUCGCCAUGCUGGGGCUGACGCUCCUGCCCAGUCCGCAGCUUGCCUGUCCAGAGGAGCAUUGCUGAGGUUUGCACGUUAACCAAGCACUUCCACAGUGAUCUCCUCUGUUCACAGUUCUCUGAAAUUAGCUGGACAGACACAGUCCUCACUGUUACAGCCAGGAAACCAAAGCUGUCGGAAGUCUGGGUGGCUGUCAAGGGCUCGGAGCUCGCCAGUGGGGGAGCCAAGACAAGCUCUUGGGCUUUCUGGCUGCUCGUUCCAUGUCCUUUCCCAUCAUCAGUAACAGCUGACGCUUCAUGAGCAAACAGCCCCACGUACCAAGCCCCCAAGUCGGUUAAGCGCUGGGUGAGUGACAUCGUCCCCUCGGCCUGGUUCUCCAUUCAACAGCGUCCUGGCUUGGAGGGAGAGGGCCCUCCGGUGACAACUGCUCUUGUCCAGGUGGCCCUCUGAACAAGGCUAGGAGAUGCAGCCCCUCAGACCUCCCCCCAGCCCUGCCAACUAACCCCAGACGUGUAGGUUCACACUGAAGACGUCUAGUUUCUCCCAGCUACACCAUACGGUCAUUUCCCACAGAAGCAGGCGCUAGGACACCUCUUCCUCGGUUGCCAAGGGGCCAGAUGGCACAGCUGCAGCCUGCCCUGCCAGCCAGCAGACUCGCCCCAGGAACCUGACCUCACCUGGGCCCCAGGAGGGCUGUACUGCUUUCCACUUAAGGUACAUCAAGUAAAAGUGCUGCUUAGACACUUAUGAUUAAAGAAAAUAACAUACUUUGAUACUUUGUCUUUUCAGAAGCAAAAUGGGUAGGUAGAGAGGAGCUUUAAAAAUAAAAUAAAAAUAGCCUGGCCAGUGUGGCUCAGUGGUUGAGUGUAUACCAGGAGGUCAUGGUUCAAUUCCCGGUCAGAGCACAUGCCCGGGUUGCAGGCUCGAUCCCCAGUGUGGUGGGUGCAGGAGGCAGACAAUCAAUGGUUCUCUCUCAUCAUUGAUGUUUCUCUAGCUCUCCCUUCUUCUCUGAGAUCAAUUCAAAAAAAAUAAAAAUAGAAUAAUAGCAUCCCAGGAAAUAUGACCACAGAUUGGAAUGACGUUCACAUUUGCAAAUACAGAUAACUGGGACCUGCCAUGGGCUGUGAUGCCUGUCUGGCCAAACUCUCAUUCAAAGAAAUUGGUGUGGUGACACCUCCCCACACUGAUGUAAGAGAAAUCGCCUCCACCAACAUCUCUGAAGGGAAAAUGAACAGACAGAAAAGGAGGUGGCUUCCUUUGGGGGCUGCAAUUUCAGAAAUAAAAGUCAUACAGAGAUAAUGGCACUUUGUAGGAAGGGCAGGACGAUUCACUUAUUUCUGAGGGAGGUUUGGUCUGUGAGUUACUUUUGAUAAAGUUAAAUCUAAUUGUAGUUAUUUUUAACGUGUGCUUUUUUUUAAUGACUAAGGAAUAAAUGGUGAGUUUAACAGCUUUGGUAUUUUGAGUGCAAAUCAUAAUAGCUUCAAUGUGAAAAAGUAAAAACAAACAAUGUAACUGUCACUCAAUGUUAGAAAAUAGCCUAAAAUGCAGUUUAAUAAAUGAUCUUUGUAUCAAACAUUAAUUUAAAUCGGGUAGUUUUCUGCAAGGAAAAAAUACUGUUUUUACAUUUCCAACACUCUUGAAUUAAAAUAAAAACGUGUUUUCUAA